AUGUCCGGCAAAAGGUCAAAAUCAGAAUCGGGCAAAGGAGGAUCUGAUGUCGCAACUUUCGCUGAUCGUCGGGAAGCCGGAGCAACAACGACAGGUUCAUCAGCGAAUAUUCCGACUAGUACAACCAUCUCGAUAGUCAACCCAGCUGCAGUUGCUUCUAUCAACAACCCCAGUGUCGCUGCAAGUGCAACGAAUGCAGUAGCGGUCGCGACGAACGAUGCAUUGGGUAUGACGAAUGAGGCAAACGGCGCCCCGCGCACUGCAGCAGUAGUCACUAAUUAUUCGAAUGAUCCGGUACAAUCAGGAAAUCCCCUCCCUACCCUCCAGGUAAAUGUGGACGUUGCCAAUAAAGUAAAUGCCAUUAAAAAAGGAACAAUUCCGAAGCAAGUAGCUUCGACUGCUAAAUCGAUAGUCAACUCGGUCACUAAUAUACGCGGAAAAGUCGUUGUUAGGCGCAAUCCGGUACGAAAAGCGCGCGCGGAUCGGUACACUAGCUGUGAGUGGUGUUCAGAUAGAAAUAACAGUAGAAUGGUGCAGUGUGAUGGUUGCGGAAGAUGGUUUCAUUUUGAGUGUGUGGAAGCGACAGAAGGUAUAGCAGAAAUCAGUUGGUUCUGCCCAGUGUGUCCAUCUUUGCGUAGUUCAGUGGGACAGAAAACUCCAGCUGGAACCACUCAUGCUACGGUUCAAGUCGAUAAUCCACUCCCGAAAGACUCUGGCGAUGCGAAGUCAUGCGGAAAGAAAAGUAGCAAACGAAGUGAGCAGCGGAAGAAGGAUUUGAGAUUGCAGAAACUCGAAGAGCAGAAAAAGUUGGAGCAAAAGUUUCUGGACGAGAAGUAUAAAAUUAUGGAAGAACACGAUAGCGAUUGUGCGACGGACCUGGACGAUGAAGAUUUGGAGAAGAUGUCUAAAGUUUCACAGUGGGUCAAAGACACAGAGCAAGUCGGAGCAGGACAGGACUCGGGAGUCGUAGCAGAGGAGUUGCAAGAAGAAUGCGAGGUCCCAGCGUGCAACGUGCAGCCAGCUGUCGUCGACAGACGGUGCUCGCAAAGAGGAUUGCGUAAUACGCUAGCGGAUUUCGCUCCUGUACAGCGUUCUACACCACAGGCACGGCCAACACUCGCUCCAAACCAUCAAACAUCUGAUACUAGCAACAUGCCUCCAAUGCCCAGGUCAAGACUACAGCUUCCGCCGCGACCAUCCCCUCCAAUGAUCCCGGUAUUGGAAAAUCAACCGAUUCCUGCGGAAGAGACAAUAUGCGUCCUCAACCGUAGUCAGCUAGCCGCAAGACAAGCGGUACCUAAGGACCUGCCCGAGUUCGCCGGAAACCCAGAGGAUUGGCCACUGUUUUUCUCAAUGUACACGUCAUCCACGCAGAUGUGUGGAUUUUCCAACGAGGAAAACAUGUUGCGCUUACGCAAGUGCCUGAAAGGAAAGGCCAUGGAGGCGGUAAGAUGCCGGUUAUUACACCCAUCCAACGUGACUGGAGUGCUUGCUACGCUGAAAAUGCUUUAUGGUAGACCGGAGACAAUUGUCCAAGCAACGAUAAGCAAAAUCCGUUGUCUGCCAUCCCCGGACAUAGAUCGGCUAGAGAGUUUGGUGAACUUCGCACUCACGGUUGAGAAUCUGGUAGCGACGAUAGAAGCAUGCGGAGUGCAGGACUUCAUGUACAAUGCUUCACUGAAGUUCGAGUUAGUCGAUAGACUACCACCGACAUUGCGGCUAGACUGGGCGAAAUACACCCGAGGCAAUCUAGCCCCAAAUCUCGCGGAUUUCAGUAAAUGGCUUUACUCCAUGGCGGAGGACGCAAGCGCAGUUAUGUCGGCAUCUACCAAUGCCUUGCGAAGCCGAGGCAGCAAAAAGGACGCAUUUAUUAACGUUCACUCUGAAACAGCUAACGAUCGAUCUGGUGCUCCCGCGAAUCAGAUAAAAGAUACGCGUGACCAAGGGCGAGAAGCGCCGAAGGAUUGCUUUGCCUGCAAGGGUACAUGCCCGUCGCUCGCAAAAUGCAAACGUUUUACCGAACUGAGUUAUGAGUCGAAGUGGGCAGUAAUUCGUGAAGCGAAACUGUGUCGUAAGUGCCUCCGCAAGCAUAAUGGCACCUGCAGACAGCAAAACAAAUGUGGAAUCAACGGAUGUAUCUAUCUACACCACCCCUUGCUACACUCUGAGAAAACUGAUGCUUCCAGAAGGUUCUCCCAAGCGGAAGCCGCUACCGGUACCACCUGUAACGUUCAUCAAGCCCAGACGAAUGAUGUACUGUUCCGGAUUGUUCCAGUGGUUCUUUACGGUCCUUCGAAGAUGGUUGAAACUUACGCGUUCAUCGACGACGGAUCCGAGCUCACACUUAUGGAACAUUCACUUGCGCAGGAACUCGGAUUGCAAGGGUCGCAGAAAACACUCUGCUUAAAGUGGACUGGUGGAGCCAGCAGAAUGGAGAACGAAUCCCUCAAGGUAGACAUGGCUAUCUCUUCCGUAAGAAGCACAUCCCAGAAGUAUCAACUAGCUGACGUCCGGACUAUACAGGAGCUGAGACUCCGGCCACAAACCCUGGUGGCAUCCGAAUUGCAAAAUCGAUAUAAACAUCUGGCCGGGAUUCCCUUCGAUUCCUACACCGAGGUCAGUCCGCGAAUUCUAAUUGGACUAGACAACGCGCAACUGGGGCAUGCCUUCAAGAGUCGGGAGGGAAAGCCCUCUGAACCGAUAGCUGUUAAAUCGCGUCUAGGAUGGAUCGUGUACGGGAACUGCUCGUCAAAUCAGCACCUCGGCAGCCACGUCAGCUACCAUGCCGUACAAGUAUGCGAGUGUAACGAAGGUUCUGACGAAAGUCUACACGCAGCGAUGAAAAGCUAUUUCACUCUCGAUAGCAUGGGUAUCUCGAAGCCCGACAAGCCGCUUCUUUCCGUAGAAGAUCAGCGUGCUAUGGAAAUCUUGGAAGCGGUAACAACACGUAAAGGAGGCCGAUUCGAAACGGGUCUUCUUUUCAAGUAUGAAGCUGUAUGGCUUCCGGACAGUAAAGCGAUGGCUCGUAAAAGAUGGGAAUGUUUGGAGCGGCGAAUGGAGAAAGAUGAGGUGUUGACGAGUGCGCUACGAGCAAAAAUGGUUGAGUAUGUCCAAAAGGGGUACGUCCGUAAGUUAACCGAAGCUGAAUUGAAGAUCCGUCGACCGCGUGAGUGGUAUCUGCCAGUGUUCCCAGUCUAUAACGCUAACAAACCGGGUAAACUGAGACUAGUUUGGGAUGCAGCAGCUACGGUGCAAGGAAUCUCCCUGAAUUCAGUCCUGCUGAAAGGACCCGACCAGCUGGUGUCUCUGUUGUCAGUUCUAAUCCAGUUCCGUGAGUUUCGGGUUGCAGUAUGUGGAGACUUACGAGAGAUGUUUCACCAGGUAUCGAUGAGAUUGGAAGAUCAGUACUGCCAGCUAUUCUACUGGAAAGAGACAUCGACGAAAGGUAUGCCAGACGUAUAUAUCAUGCAAGUGAUGACAUUUGGAGCCUGCUGCUCCCCUGCGACUGCCCAAUACGUCAAAAAUACCAACGCAAAGCUGUUUGAACACGAGUACCCGCAAGCCGUCGACGCCAUCGUGAAUAAACACUACGUGGACGACAUGCUUGCCAGCGUAGAAACAGAGGAAGAAGCUGUGAGGCUGGCACACGACGUGAAGCGCAUCCACGCCGUUGGAGGGUUUGAAAUGCGAAACUGGCUCUCAAACUCAACGACUGUCCUAGCAUCCUUACAGGAAGAAGCGACAAAUGAGAAGAACCUAGGAGUCGGGGAAGAGAAUACUACUGAGAAGAUAUUGGGGCUUUGGUGGAACACGACUACAGAUUGCUUCACCUUCAAAAUAUCUCCGCGAUACGACCAAGACCUGCUGUCGGGAAGCCGGCGACCCACUAAACGUGAGGUACUUCGGACGCUCAUGAUGAUGUUCGACCCGCUCGGCUUUAUUUCGCAUUUUCUAAUGUACUUGAAGGUGCUACUGCAGGAGAUCUGGAGAACCUCGGUUGAAUGGGAUACGCCGAUCGAAGAGCCACAGUUCCAGAAGUGGCUGAUGUGGUUGAAGGUUCUGCCGGAAGUCACCAACGUCCAGAUCCCUCGAUGUUACAGAUUAUCUACGUCCCUAGGGAGUAACGUCCAAAUGCAUACGUUUGUCGACGCGAGUGAGAGUGGCUUUGCAGCGAUCGUGUAUCUCCGCUUCGAAGAAGGGGACUUGGUAGAAACCGCACUUGUCAGCACGAAAACGAGAGUUGCCCCGUUAAAAUUCCUCUCCAUUCCACGUUCAGAGCUGCAAGCCAGCAUCUUAGGAGUUCGCUUAGCAAACAGCGUUGCCCAAUCGCUAUCUACGAAGAUAUCAGAGCGCUACUUCUGGACCGACUCCAGAGAUGUUCUAUGCUGGAUAAACUCUGAUCAUCGCCGGUACAGCCCAUUCGUGGCAUUUCGAGUGAGCGAGAUUCUGGAGACUACCGAUGCGAAGCAGUGGAGGUGGGUUCCAACGAAACAGAACGUGGCUGACGAAGGAACUAAAUGGACACGCCAUCCCGAUCUCAAUCCUUCCAGCCGCUGGUUUCAAGGACCAGAGUUUCUUCGGAAAUGUAAAGCAGAUUGGCCUGCUACUCCUCGAUAUGGAGCGACAGAUACGGAGCUACGAGCUCACCUGUUAACGCACGCUCCCGCGACAGAACUUGUCAUCGACCCGCAGAACUUCUCAACGUGGGCAACCAUGCUCCGAAGCACGGCGUACGUUUUUCGAUACAUAUGCAACUCAAAACAGAUGAUCAGCACGAAUCAACGAAAGGGUGGGCCGCUGACGCAGCAAGAAUUAAUUAGAGCUGAAACUUUUCUUCAUCGUCUCGCCCAGCAGAGCGAAUACGCUGACGAAAUUGCUAUUCUCUACGGUAAUCGCCUGAGUGGAACUGAGGUGAAGUCCAUCCCAAAGAGCAGCUCUAUCGCCUACUUCUGUCCUUUCCUUGAUGAGAAGGACCAGUUGAGAGUCCGUGGCCGGACCGGUGCAUGCCCGUCAAUCGAUUACGACGCAGCCAAUCCUAUCAUCCUUCCGGGCAAACACCGCAUCACUCGUCUGAUACUGCUCUACUAUCAUCGCAAGUACCACCACCAGAACCAUAACACUGUCCUCAACGAGGUUAGACAGCGGUACAGGAUCCCUCGCCUCAAGUCAGUCUACAAUACAAUCCGGAAACAAUGCCAGAAAUGCAUGAACGAAGUGGCAACUCCACGACCGCCAGCCAUGAGCGACUUGCCACCAGCACGUCUGGCCGCCUACUCACGUCCGUUUACACACAUGGGAGUGGAUUAUUUCGGCCCGAUCUUGGUUUCCGCAAACCGUAAAACAGAAAAACGCUGGGUACUGAUAGCUACCUGUCUGACCAUCCGUGCCAUACACUUGCAAAUUGCACACACACUCAGUACCGAUUCCUGCGUUUUGGCUUUACGUAACGUCAUAGGUAGGAGGGGUACACCGGCAGUCAUCUAUAGUGACCAAGGGACCAAUUUUCGUGGUGCUAGUAAGGAACUGAAGGCUGCUCUCGAAAGUCUGGAUCGGGAACGCCUGAUGACCGAGUUCACUACUACCCACACUAGCUGGAGUUUCAACCCACCAGCCUCCCCGCAUAUGGGCGGAGCGUGGGAACGUCUAAUCCGCACAGUCAAACAGAAUCUCUGUAAGCUAUUGUCGAAUCGCCCGAUCUCCUACGAGAUCCUGGAAAACGCGUUGAUAGAAGUGGAGAGCAUAAUCAAUUCGCGACCACUGACCAGUAUACCUUUGGAAGACGACGACUCGCCCGUGCUCACCCCAAACGACUUUUUGCUAGGCUCGUCUAGUGGAUUGAAGCCAUGGGUACAUCUCGACGACAAUCCUACAAUGCUUCGAAACUGUUGGCGGCUCUCCCAAGCUUUGGCCAACCAAUUCUGGAAACAAUGGAUACGCGACUAUCUACCAUCGAUCACUCGCAGAACCAAAUGGCUCGAACCAGCGAAACCCAUUAAGACCGGUGACAUCGUAAUAAUUGCUGAUCCGAACUUCCCGCGAAACUGCUGGCCGAAAGGACGGGUUAUAGCCACGAAACCAGGAGUAGACGGUCAAGUGAGAUGGGCAACAAUUCAGACCGUCAGCGGCAUCUACGAGCGUCCAGCCGUAAAGCUCGCUGUUCUAGACGUGGGCGUCUGUCAGCAUACGCCUCAGGAUGACCAUCGGCGUAUUCCGGGGGGGAAUGUUGAUCCCGCCACGUCCAAUGAUCCGCCGAGCCCCAAUGCUCCUAUUGCUACUAACGCUCAUGCGUCAACUCAGCUACACCCAUGCCCCAAUGAAGGGAUCGUCGAUGGAGCUAAUGGUCAAACGAAAGUCACCAAAGCAGAGAAACGUCAAUAG